AUGUCCGUCACCCUGGAAACCUCGUUGGGUGACAUCAAGAUUGAGGUCUUCUGCGAUACAGUUCCCCGAACAGCAGAGAACUUCCUCGCCCACUGCGCGAGCGGCUACUAUGAUGGGACCAAGUUCCACCGAAAUAUCAAGGGGUUCAUGGUCCAGGGCGGGGAUCCUCUGGGCACGGGCAAGGGCGGGGAGAGCAUCUGGGGCGGGCCGUUCCCGGACGAGUUCCACCCGGACAACAAGCACGACCGAAGAGGGAUGGUAUCGAUGGCAAGCAAGGGACCCAACACCAACAAGAGCCAGUUCUUCAUCACCUACACAAGACAACCACAUCUCAACAACGUCUACACCGUGUUUGGAAAGGUUAUCGACGGACUUGAUGUGCUGGACGUGAUCGAAAAAGCGCCCGUGGGGAAAAAAGAGAGACCCUUGACCGAAAUUAUCAUCAAGCACGUCACUAUACAUGCCAAUCCUGUCGCAGAGAAGUGA